UAGAUGUAAACACCGAAUGAGCUUUUGACGGUAGAAGAACUGUUUCUCGGGAAAGGCUUUUAUGAUUAAGAUUUUCAGCAACAUGGGUACUGGAACAAGCUACGCCAUUCAAAAUAAACUUGGUGAAGGUAUGUGUGGUGAAGUUUACAAGGCUUGGGACAAAAAUAGUCGGACAUCAUGGGCAAUCAAAACACUGAAACGCAGUAAUUUCAAUUCUCUGAAGGAGCUAAAAAGUGAGGCAAUGAAGGAAAUAGACGCUUUACUGAAAGUCAAACACCAUGAGAAUGUUGUGAACCUGAAAGAAUACUUCCAAAAAGGAAAACACUUUUGUUUGGUGAUGGAGCUUUGUCGAGGAGGAACGUUGAAUGAUUUUAUCCUUCAAAGAUCCAAAGAUUCGGUAACUAAUCUACGUUUCAUGAAACAAUUGUCGUCUGGGGUGGCAUUUCUUCAUGAACAGGGAGUAGUACAUAGAGACCUCAAACCUGACAAUAUCCUCAUUGAAUUUAACAAUCUAGGUGAGCCUGUGGUCAAAAUAUCCGAUUUUGGCUUAGCUAAGGUGUUUCUAGAAACAUUUAAUCCUUCGGCCCAGGAAAAGUGCAUAUCGAGAAAGUACAUGCGAACUUGCUGUGGGACACCCUUUUUCCAAGCUCCAGAGACCCAAAGUUUCCAUUACACUCACAAAGCAGAUAUAUUCUCUCUAGGUGCAAUAUUCGCCGCUAUGAUGUUGAAACAAAAGGUCCAAAUUAAUACCUCUCAAGUCGGAGUAAAGAGAGAUCUACUAGUAGUCUGUAUGGGUAAUCUUACAGUUGCUGAUUACGAAAUUUUCUUUAAUAUGGAUUACCACCUUCCUGCCGAUCUUUGGAUUAAUCCUCAGUUAACUUUGCUGUUAAAUAGUCUUCUGCGCAAGGAUUACCAUGAGAGACCUGGUGCCUACCAACUACAGUGUGCCAUUGAUAAAAUGUCUGACAAAGAUGUUGAAACAGACAUCUGGCGCGAAAUUGCGCGGAAGAUCGAAGAAGCAGAUGAAAGAAUGAUAAAAAAAGACAGAAAGCGGCAGCGAAAGCAAAGGAGACUUAAUAACUGGAAAAAAUGCACAAUACUAUGACUUAACAACAUAAUCUUUAAGUUAUUACAUUUGUUUACUUGGGUAAUAAAGUUACUCUCCAUUACAACGCGACCACAACAAAAUAUUUCAAAUUCUGUCGACGGAACGAUUUUGAUCAUGGAAUAAAUAAAUUUAUACCAAAUAAUACAAUUUAGAAUUACACCUACUACUGUAAUCUCUGUAUUCAUGUACAGGAUAUCCUGGUAAAGUUACUUGGCACAAAACCUGAAACAUCAAUACAUUGUUUAUGAAUAAAAUAUAUCAAUGUAUUGUAUGUGGCAAUGCUGUAUACAGGCUAUUGAUUACAACUUAUGUACGAAAAUGUUGUUUGUCAAAUUCUCACCCACAUUGACACCUGCCUAAUAAUUACGGCCCAAUUGAAAGGGUUUGAAGGAAUUUAGUUAUCAAGGCAGUAACACUUUAAUUGCUUCUUGUUUUUUUAAAAAAAUAUAUAGAACUCGUUAAAUAUAUAGAACUCGACUUUGAUUUAAGCACAAGUUUCCAAAUGCAUUACUGUAUUUUGCAGUGGAUAUGAAUAAUUUGUUUCAUUUAUUGAUUUUUCAUAAAGAUUGAAAAAAAAAGAUUUUCAAAGUUACACAGAUAAAAUAUUAAGUUGAAUGUUGAGCUCUUUAAAGAAAAAAAGCAGUUUUAAUCUACUGUAAAUACUAUUUUAUAUUAAAUUGUGAAAGGAUAUAACAGUAUGAUAAUUAUUAUAUUUUGUAUGUUAAUGUUACUAUCCUCUCUGAUAAUUAGGCAUAACAAAUGCGUUUUCGACAUUGUUUUCGUUAAGCCACUACCUACCCGGAAGAACAACUCAUCUGGUUGCAUUAAAGUGAUAUCGCAAGGUGCCCCAGUAAUUAAACAAUGUGUUGAACGAUAAAUGUUAUAGCUAAAAAUAUUCAUCAUUUAAGUUGGGCUUCCUCAAGUUCAACUUGCCUCCGUGUUUCUACGUGAUAUGAACAUUCUAAGUAAUAACAGAAUGAAAGCAAUAUUUUUGACUGCAUUGAGGGCGCUAAUAAUGUAGGCCUAGUCAGUUUCCACUGCUUGUACGACGACAUGAUAACGUAGAAAAACCUUUCCAGAGCGCGGCCAAAAUUUCUGUAGGCCUAAUGUUUUAUUCAUUUAUUUUUACCAAUAAUAUUUCUGGUGUUUGAGUUCCGAAAAUACCAAAUUAGUAUCAUUAGAUUUUAACGAUCUGCCAGAAAUAUGAAAAGCCUAUAAAGAUAAAACAGUGAACAGCUCAUUUCAAAUGAUAUUAUUUAUUAACUUCCUAGGAUACAUCCUCUUUUAUUCAUAAUUUUUGUUAAUGAUCUUUUCUGAUUUAUUUUACAGCUCCUUUAUUCUCGGGCCGAAGCCUUAAAAAAUGAAGUUGGCGCUCAAUCCAAAAAAAAGGAGGAAAUCAUAUAAAAUAUAUAAAAUAUUCAUAAGCCUAUAUGGAGACAACAUAUUACUUAUGUAUACAUUUCGUAAACAAAAUUGACAUAUUAUGGAUAAUAGCUGAGUGGAGGUGUAUUAACAAUGGUAAAAAUAUCAAAAACUUAGAUAUUGAUAUUUGGUAAAGCUUAAAAACUAAAAAACCAAAAUUAAUUAACUACGGUAGGCCUAUUCAAUUCGACAAAGAAACUGGAAAAUGAUUAUGAAUUUGGUAUGUGUUUCGAUCCUUUUCUAAAAUUUCACAUUGAUAAACUUUGACAUUCAUCUUAUAUAAAUAUAUAUAGAUAUAAUGUAAAAACAAUGAAAAAACGAUGUACAAUAAUUGAAGGUUGACUUGCGCAACACAAAUUUAUUAAAAUAUAACAAAAUCAGCGGAUAUUUCGAUAGCUCCUGCUAUCUUUAUCAACGUUAACGUGAGAAAUCUUGGGAGAUCUUACACAUACAUAAAGAAUAAGAGAUGGUAUUAACAAAGUUAAAUAUGAAAUUAGUUAGCACAAAAUAUAAAUUCGGUGACAAGUUAUUGAGUGGAUUAAUUACAAGUAAACAAUGAUAAGAUGUCGGCAAAAUACCAAUGAUUAUAUAUGUAAAUGUAAAUAUAUAUAUAUAUAUAUCAUCAAAAAAUGUAAAUGCAGUUUUCAAAUGAAUACAUAACAAUACAUCGUGUAGCAUAGCUC